AUGUCGCUAGCUCUUCGAUGCUGUGUAACAGUCGAGGAGCUCGCUGAAGACAAAUGCACCGUUCGACGUCGCAUCUCUCUGAAGGAUUCAAAACUGUCUUUGGUUCGGGAUGACGCCCAUCAGCUGUUGCUUCGCCUCACGCCAAUCAAAGAAACACGAACGAACAGUUUCAUUUUGAAGAGUCUGGGUUAUCCAGUGCUUGAGCUGGAUUUGCACAAACGCUUCCUUAGCCAAGGCAAAGCAACUAUAUCCCUGCCCGUGCAUUCAGUACGGUUAUUAAUUAGCAAUUGUCCCCCAGACAGGUUACGUCUUUUCCUCGCUCGACGCAGAGUUGAGCGGGAUGCACCUCCUACUUCCUUGUCGUUGCUGGAGGAGGUUAGCCCACUUCGGCUCUCCAAGUCUGCAAGCCGUCCAUUAACUCCUCCAGAUCUCUCCGGAAUUCCAAAAAUAGAAGUCACUGCUAGCACAGGUACGGCAGCCAAUCUCAUCGGCGGUACUACCAUCCAUGCAUUCAGCGGCGUCGGUGCUCUGUUGUCCUCAGAAAUAGUGGAUUCUGAGGAAUCUACGCAAGCCUGGUUGGCUGCAUUACGUGCCCGCCUGACAGCCUUACCGGCAGUCAACGGACGCUGGCGAAAAAUACAGCAUUUGAUUAUCGAUGAGAUCAGUAUGCUCAGUUCUCAGCUGUUUACCAGGCUGGACCUGCUUGCCCGAGAAACGCGGUGUCCAGUGAACGACAGCAAGAGGGAGGUGGUGCAGCGGGCAUUUGGUGGACUUCAGGUUAUCGUUUUUGGUGACUUCUAUCAAUUACCUCCUGUGAGCAAGCAGUUUGCCUUCGAAUCACCUAGUUGGAAAGCUUGUCGUUUUGCAUGCGUCGAGUUGGUUCGUUCAUGGCGGCAGUCGGAUGAUCCUGAGUUAGCUAGAGUUCUAUCGGUUACCAGGGAAGGACGCUGUCCGGAUUGGGCUCGCCAGUUGCUAAUGUCUCGGUGUCAUUCCUCUUCGGACGAUAAGAACAGUGUGAGGAAGGGAGGCCUAGUCGCAACUCGACUGUGCACUCACCGAAAUGAUGCAGAAGCUUGGAAUAUGCAAAUGCUUGCCUCUCUGCCAGGAAAUGCCAAAGUUUUCCGAGCCAAAGACUCUUCUCCAGCAAGUUCCAAGCGUUUGGACCUAAUAUGCCCUGCUCCUCGAGCUUUGCAUUUGAAGGUUGGUGCCCAGGUUAUGUUGUUGCGCAAUUUGGACACAAAUCGAGGACUGGUCAAUGGAGCGCGUGGUGUAGUGGAACGUUUAGGUGGAGAUGGUGAACCCCCACAAGUUCGAUUUUUCCUAAAAAGGCUGGGCUCCGGAAGUGAGAAAGACCACACAGUUUUGCACACAGUUCAGUACGAACGAUGGAACCUUCGGGUUGAUGGUACUGGACACGUUGAUGCAUACCGACGGCAGCUGCCUCUGAACCUCGCCUGGGCAGUGUCCGUCCACAAGAGCCAGGGUAUCACUCUGGACACUGCGGAACUGGCCCUGUCAAAAGUAUUCGAAUGUGGACAAGCCUACGUGGCACUAAGUCGCUGUCGCACACUAUCCGGUCUGCGUUUGCUCGACUGGCGCCCAGAAGUUAUUCAAGCAAAUCCAAAAGUUGUCCAGUUCUACGCCAUGUUGAGGCGGAAUCAACAGGCUUUGGAACGCGGCGAAAUUGAGAGUGAUGACGACACAUCUUUUUCUCCAAUUAGAAGAGUGCGACGUCGUUAA